AGGCUCCUGGAUUGUGAGUGACAGCUUUGAAGAACAUUCUGAAGAUUACACAUAGGAGACAAUGUACCAACAAUACAUCAGGAAUCUAAUCAUUGAACUCAUCUAGAACAAAAGCUCCCUAGUAUAACCACAUUAGAGUUCGUUUUGAAGCAGAAAUAAAUAGAUUUUGUUUUAAACAGCCAGAAUAUAGAUAGUUUAGUCCGAAAAGUGCAUUUUGGAAGAUGUCACUAAACACUCCUUCCAGCUCAGUGCCCAGUAACACCAGCCGUUUCCAAGUUCAUGUCAUAAACGAGGGCCAUGACAGCUGUGCAGCUGUGAGUGACAGCUCCGACCCCCCACAUUAUGAAGAGACCUCUUUUGGGGAAGAAGCCCAAAACAGACUGAGAAUCAGUUUUAGGCCUGGGAAUCAGGAAUGCUAUGACAAUUUCCUCCAAAAUGGAGAAACUGCUAGAACAGAUGCCACUUUCCAUGCCUAUGACUCCCACACAAACACAUAUUACCUGCAAACCUUUGGCCACAACACCGUGGAUGCCGUUCCCAAGAUUGAGUACUACCGCAACACGGGCAGCGUGAGUGGGCCCAAGGUCAACCGGCCCAGCCUGCUGGAGAUCCAUGAACAGCUCGCCAAGAACGUGGCAGUGGCACCUGGUUCAGCUGACAGGGUUGCCAAUGGUGAUGGGCUGCCAGGAGAUGAACGAGCUGAAAACAAGGAAGAAGAUACAGCAGGUGUUGUGAAGUUUGGAUGGGUGAAAGGUGUGCUGGUAAGAUGCAUGCUCAACAUCUGGGGAGUCAUGCUCUUCAUCCGCCUCUCCUGGAUCGUUGGAGAAGCUGGAAUUGGUCUUGGAGUGAUCAUCAUUGGCCUGAGCGUAGUGGUGACGACACUCACAGGUAUUUCUAUGUCUGCUAUUUGCACAAAUGGAGUAGUACGAGGAGGUGGAGCCUAUUAUCUGAUUUCCAGGAGUUUAGGGCCUGAGUUCGGUGGGUCAAUAGGCUUGAUCUUUGCUUUUGCCAAUGCAGUGGCUGUUGCUAUGUAUGUGGUGGGAUUUGCUGAGACUGUCGUAGAUCUUCUUAAGGAGAGUGAUUCAAUGAUGGUGGAUCCAACCAAUGACAUCCGGAUAAUUGGGUCCAUCACCGUGGUGAUUCUUCUAGGAAUCUCAGUAGCUGGAAUGGAAUGGGAGGCAAAGGCUCAAGUGAUUCUUCUGAUCAUCCUGCUCAUCGCUAUUGCAAACUUCUUCAUUGGAACUGUCAUUCCAUCCAACAAUGAGAAGAAAUCCAGAGGUUUCUUCAAUUAUCAAGCAUCAAUAUUUGCGGAAAACUUUGGGCCAAGCUUCACAAAGGGUGAAGGCUUCUUCUCAGUCUUCGCCAUUUUUUUCCCAGCUGCUACUGGGAUUCUUGCUGGUGCCAACAUCUCGGGAGACUUGGAGGACCCCCAGGACGCCAUCCCCAGAGGGACAAUGUUGGCCAUUUUCGUCACCACGGUUGCCUACAUUGGAGUUGCUAUUUGUGUAGCGGCAUGUGUGGUCCGAGAUGCCACCGGAAACAUGAAUGACACCAUCAUUUCUGGAAUGAACUGCAAUGGGUCCGCAGCCUGUGCAUUGGGCUAUGACUUCUCAAGAUGUCAACAUGAGCCCUGUCAGUAUGGGCUGAUGAACAAUUUUCAGGUCAUGAGCAUGGUGUCAGGGUUUGGCCCCCUCAUCACUGCAGGAAUCUUUUCUGCAACGCUGUCCUCAGCGCUGGCCUCCCUCGUCAGUGCUCCCAAAGUAUUCCAGGCUUUGUGCAAGGACAACAUCUUCAAAGGACUACAGUUCUUCGCAAAGGGAUAUGGGAAAAACAACGAGCCCCUAAGAGGAUACUUUCUCACUUUCCUGAUAGCCAUGGCAUUUAUUCUCAUUGCGGAACUGAACGUCAUUGCUCCCAUCAUCUCCAACUUUUUCCUGGCCUCAUAUGCGCUUAUUAAUUUCUCCUGCUUCCACGCCUCUUAUGCCAAAUCUCCAGGGUGGAGACCUGCAUAUGGAAUUUACAACAUGUGGUUAUCUCUUUUUGGAGCAAUUUUGUGCUGUGCAGUUAUGUUUGUCAUCAACUGGUGGGCAGCUGUUAUCACCUACGUCAUAGAGCUUUUCCUCUAUAUCUACGUGACUUACAAGAAGCCAGAUGUGAACUGGGGCUCCUCUACACAGGCUCUUUCCUACGUGAGCGCUUUAGACAAUGCUCUGGAAUUAACCACAGUGGAAGACCAUGUGAAAAAUUUCAGACCCCAGUGCAUUGUCUUAACAGGGGGACCCAUGACAAGACCUGCUCUAUUGGAUAUAACUCAUGCCUUUACCAAGAACAGUGGCCUUUGCAUCUGCUGUGAAGUCUUUGUGGGACCGCGCAAGCUGUGUGUUAAGGAGAUGAACAGUGGUAUGGCUAAAAAGCAGGCCUGGCUUAUCAAGAACAAAAUCAAGGCUUUUUAUGCUGCAGUGGCAGCAGACUGUUUCAGGGAUGGUGUCCGAAGUCUCCUUCAGGCCUCAGGCUUGGGAAGAAUGAAGCCAAACACUAUAGUGGUUGGAUAUAAAAAAAACUGGAGGAAAGCUCCCUUGACAGAGAUUGAGAACUACGUGGGAAUAAUACAUGAUGCAUUUGAUUUUGAGAUUGGCGUGGUCAUAGUCAGAAUCAGCCAAGGGUUUGACAUCUCUCAAGUUCUUCAGGUACAAGAUGAAUUAGAGAAGUUGGAACAGGAAAGACUGGCACUAGAGACCACUAUCAAAGAUAACGAAUGUGAGGAAGGGAAGGGAGGCAUCCGGGGCUUGUUUAAAAAAGCUGGCAAGCUGAACAUUACUAAGCCAACCUCUAAAAAAGACAGCAGCAUCAACACCAUCCAAUCAAUGCACGUGGGAGAGUUCAACCAGAAACUGGUGGAAGCCAGCGCUCAGUUUAAAAAGAAGCAAGGAAAAGGCGCAGUUGAUGUCUGGUGGUUAUUUGAUGAUGGAGGGUUAACUCUUCUUAUCCCCUAUAUAUUAACGCUCAGAAAAAAAUGGAAAGACUGUAAAUUAAGAAUCUAUGUUGGAGGGAAGAUUAACCGCAUUGAAGAAGAAAAAAUUUCAAUGGCUUCUCUUCUGAGCAAAUUUAGAAUAAAAUUUGCAGACAUCCAUAUCAUUGGUGACAUCAACAUUAAGCCGAACAAAGAGAGCUGGAAAGUCUUUGAAGAGAUGAUUGAACCAUAUCGUCUUCAUGAAAGCCACAAAGAUUUAACCACUGCUGAGAAAUUAAAAAGAGAAACUCCGUGGAAAAUUACAGAUGCAGAACUAGAAACAGUCAAGGAAAAGAGUUACCGCCAAGUUCGACUGAAUGAGCUCUUACAGGAACACUCAAGGGCUGCCAACCUCAUUGUCCUGAGCCUUCCAGUGGCGAGGAAAGGAUCUAUAUCGGAUUUGUUGUAUAUGGCUUGGUUGGAUAUACUCACAAAGAACCUCCCUCCUGUCUUGCUGGUUAGAGGAAAUCACAAAAAUGUUCUGACAUUUUAUUCUUAAAUCUGGAUGAUGAGAAGCAUUGUAACUUGAUGUUUAAAUAAUUAAGAAACAUGUCCAGUACUCUGUGUUGUCAAAUCUAAUCUAUGGAUACAUAGACCUUUGGAGACUACUCUACCAGACUCUACAUAAGAUUUUGUCUUUUAAAAAAAUUAUUAUUAAUGAGAGGUUUGGUGGAUUUUUACUACCAGCUUAAGAAACAUCAAACUAGAGCUACUCCUACAGAAACACCUUUGUCAUUACUGUUGACGAACACAUUAAUAAAAACUAGCCAACACCACUUAUGAGAAACUCUGAUUCUGCUGUGAGCUCCUCCAGGCAAACUUAAUCUCUGUUUUUGUGGAGUCUGCUGCUGAGCCGUGGUGUGGGCCUCAGCUCCACAGCAGGUCCUCAGUAAACGGUUAUUGACAGGCAGGCACCAUGGCCACAGGUGGUUAUCAAAGGAAAAGACCAACUGGGUCGGCAGCAUGAUUUUGCCUGGCCUCCUGAGAGGCUUAUGUCUACAAAGAAGAUUUAAAAAUCAAUAACUGAAAACUUUAAGAAGGACUUGAGUCUGCAAAAUGUUCAAAGCACUUACCUAAAUAAGGUUUAUUUAAUGUAGCGCAUAAUAUACUUAAAAGUAAUCACUGGUAACACGUAGCUUGAAUUUCUGCUAGCUGGAAGUAUAUUAACUACGUGAGAAAGUAGCAUACAUUCCAAUUAAAUAAAAUAUAGUCAAUUCUUAGCAUACAAAUAUUAAUUGUCCUCCCUGCUAAACAUUCUGUCAUAGUAUUAUUUUUUUCUUCUCAUUAAGUGGUUUGCAUAGAUGAAAUAAAAAUAAAUGUCUAAUUGAAAACCAAAUCUCACAUAUUUAAAAACACUAUUAAAAAAAAUAUCCUGAAUCUACAUUUAGAUACAUUCUAUCAAGAUUAUAUGGACUUAAAAGAAUAAUUAAAAUGUAAAUUGUAACAAUUGAAAAACUUGAAGGAUAUAGAUGUUGAUUUUUUUUUUGUUAGUAUGUUUCUAAUACUUAAUCACAGGAAAAACAACCAAAAAUUGUUUUUCUGAUGAGUGGCUUGAAUUUUUCCUGAAAUAUUUUGACUUGUUCUGAGAAAAUAUAUUGAGAAAAUCAACUUGAA